GUGACGUCACUUCCGUCCGGGCCGGCAGAGGUUGGAGCUCCGCGGGCCGAGGGUGGGGGUACGGAGGUGGCAGCUGAGACUGGAGGCCGCCUAGAGCUCGAGCCCCGACGAUCUCCGCGCCCCGGGCAGUGACUGACCCUGCAGCGCACCGAGACGCGGGACCAGCCGGAUGGGCCGCUGAGCCCGAGGCGGGGAGCGUGUGGAGCCCCCUGGAGCUGAGAUCAGGAUGUUCCGCUUCAUGAGGGACGUGGAGCCUGAGGAUCCCAUGUUCCUGAUGGACCCCUUUGCCAUUCACCGUCAGCACAUGAGCCGCAUGCUGUCCGGUGGCUUUGGAUAUAGCCCCUUCCUCAGCAUCACAGAUGGCAGCAUGCCAGGAACCAGGCCUGCCAGCCGUAGGAUGCAGGCUGGGGCUGUCUCCCCCUUUGGGAUGCUGGGAAUGUCAGGUGGCUUCAUGGACAUGUUCGGGAUGAUGAAUGACAUGAUCGGGAACAUGGAACAUAUGACAGCUGGGGGGAACUGCCAGACCUUUUCAUCCUCCACUGUCAUCUCCUACUCCAACACGGGUGAUGGCGCCCCCAAGGUCUACCAGGAGACCUCAGAGAUGCGCUCAGCACCAGGCGGGAUCCGGGAGACACGGAGGACUGUCCGGGACUCAGACAGCGGACUGGAGCAGAUGUCCAUCGGCCACCACAUCCGAGACAGGGCUCACAUCCUCCAGCGCUCCCGAAACCACCGCACAGGGGACCAGGAGGAGCGGCAGGACUACAUCAAUUUGGAUGAGAGUGAGGCUGCCGCCUUUGAUGAUGAGUGGCGGAGGGAGACGUCCCGCUUCCGGCAGCAGCGCCCUCUGGAGUUCCGGCGGCAUGAGAGUUCCUCAGGUGGGGGCCGGAGGGCUGAGGGUCCUCCCCGCCUGGCCAUCCAGGGACCUGAGGACUCCCCUUCCCGACAGUCCCGCCGCUAUGACUGGUGAAGGCCCGGGGCCUCAGGCUCUCCUGUUCAGGCUGAGAGGCUGAGAAAUCAUCCCUGAAAUAACUUUCUCCUCUCCAACUCCCACCCAAUUUAAUAUUAAAUUAACAAGCAAGCCGCCCCCCUCUCCCUGGGGGUCUCAGGGAGAACCUUUCACUGCCCCACCCAUCUGCUCUGUCUUCCGGCCCCUUCCCGCCAUACCUCCACCUGUCCUGUGUCCACUAACUUGAGUUUUCACUCUGCUGCUCCAUCUCCAUCCUCAUUUCCCCAUUGAGCUCUGCCAUGCACUGAAGGGUCCUUGGGUGCAGGGGUCUCCCCCUUCCCUCAGCUGCCCUGCUCUUCACCACCUCUUCCUCAGCCUCUCUGCAGGCACCACAGCCCUGUCUGGGCGGGGAGGAGCAGACUGACCCUAACCCUUCCAUCCCUGCUCCCACACAUCGCAGAACUCUUCCCCAUGCCCUUCUCUGUCUUUAUUUUUUGAUUUGUGCAACUUGUAACUAAGUGUUUAUGGAAUAAAGGAGAAUGGAAAAAAGA